AUGAGCAGGGAACAGCAGAUGCCGCCGCCGCCGCGGCGGUUCAUCGCCAUCCGCUUCUCCUCCGGCUGCCGCUCCCAGUCCAGCGUCGACGUCGCCGACACCGCGCGCCACGGCAAGAAGCCCCACCCGCAAGGGGCUGAAACAGGGGCGGUGCCAGGCAGCGCGUCGGUGAGACCGCCGGCCCCGGCGGCGGCGGCGGCGGCGGCAGGGGGCAAGGGGGAGUCGCUGGUGGCGCGGCUCCUGCGCGGGUUCAUGAACCUGUCCCAGAUCUUCGCGGUGUACGACGAGGACGAGGAGGAGGAGGAGGAGCGGGAGAUGGUGAUCGGGCUCCCCACGGACGUGAAGCACGUGGCCCACAUCGGCUGGGACGGCAGCACCAGCACCACCACUAGCCUCCGCUCCUGGAACCGCACCGCGCCGCCUGCACCGGCCUCCUCGUCGUCGUCCUCCUCGUCCGCCGCCGCGGCGCCCCCGCAGCCGCAGGAGCAGUACCCGCUGCCCCUGCCGGCGCUGUCCAUGCGGCAGUUCGAGCUCGCCAUGGCCGCCCAGGCCGCUGGAGGCGCCACGACCACGAGCGGAGGCGGAGCUGCCCACCGGCGUCACAGCUAG